AUGACAGAAUCAAAUACUGCCAUCAUGACUGAAAAACAGAACUCCGAAGGCACAUGUGAUAUGAAACAUCUCUAUAUAAAAGACAACUUUAAAUUGUCUGGUGAAGUGAAAAAUUAUAAGCUGAUCUUACCACCAUGUUCAGAUGGAGGGCGUCCUACUAACGUAGAUCGAAAUAAUGCGAGGAAAUCAGAAACUGUAAUUGAUCAUCCUACUCCUCGUGGUAAAAUAGACAUUGUUCUAGAAGGUGUGGAUGUGUCAGAGACUGAACCUGCCCAUGCUGUAAAUAAUAGGAGAAAAGAUCCUGAUGUAUUUAGUGACUGGUGGAAUACUGUUUUAAUUGAACAACAUGAAAAUAGCACUACUCACAGAGAUUCAAUGUUGACAUAUUUAAAUCAAAGACAGGGCUUUGGAUUGACACAAAAAUUGGAAGAUCAAAUUAAAGGGGAGCGUGAAUACUGGCAACAUGUCUUGCAGCGUGUUAUAUCUGUUAUUCAAACAUUAGCUGAACGUGGUCUGCCUUUCCGGGGAUCAAAUGACACAUUUGGAUCAUUGCAGAAUGGAAAUUUCUUGGGAUUGUUGGAGCUUGUGGCUCAGUUUGACCCAUUUUUAGCAGGCCAUAUCUCAAAAUAUGGGAAUACUGGCAAAGGUAACCCAUCAUACUUAUCCAAGACAAUAUGUGAUGAACUCAUUGGUCUAAUGAGUGACAAAGUUCGUUCAGCUAUUGUGGAUGAAAUAAGUACUGCUGGGUACUUCAGUUUAUCUGUUGACUCUACACCUGAUCUUUCACAUAUUGAUCAAUUGAGUAUUGUACUAAGAUAUGUCUCCCCCACAGAUGGAAAACCAGUUGAACGAUUUAUAACAUUCCUCAAUUUGAAAAGCCACACUGGUGAAGAAAUGGCAAAUCAAGUACUGCAUUUUCUGUGCCAAGUUUGCAAAAUAGAUUUCUCAAAGUGCAGAGGUCAAUCUUAUGACAACGCUGCCAACAUGUCAGGGCGUUAUCAAGGAAUGCAGAAGAAGCUUUUAGAACAGAACAAAUAUGCCAUAUUCAUACCAUGUGCUGCACACUCUCUCAAUCUUGUUGGCCGCAGUGCUGUUGAUUGUUGUCCGGUGGCAGUAAGGUUUUUCUCAACAGUCCAGUUGCUUUAUACAUUUUUCUCUGAGUUGCAGGCCUUCUUUGCUUCUGAUAUGUGCUAA